AUGGCCUCCCUUUCUGUGAUCUUCAGUCUUAUAUGGUUACUGUCAUGCGCCUUCAAUACGUGUCUGGGGCAGACGAGCGGGCUUUUCCAGUGGAAAUUCAGAGACUUCACCCUUUCCAACAAAUUGCCGACUUGUUUCCCCCUCGCCAUCUCCUUGUUCGAUCCUGCCAAUCCUACCCUCGACAACGCCCGUGGGACGGCUCCUUAUUACAUGAUAGCUUUCCUCAUCGGUGGCGCACCUAUUACCACCCUCAUUGGCACGGACGAAGACAGUCUGAGUUGGACAGUGACCGCGCCAGUUGGAUCUCGGCUGGCAUUGAGCGUCGUUGAUGCCAAUGGCAGCGCCGGAGGCUUGCCGCCGACGAUAUACGAAGUAAUUGCCGGCUCCACGACACAGUGCGUUACAGGCACCAUUCAGACGCCCGAGUUCAAAGUAACCGCCAACGUUACGGGCGAUCUCACUACAUGCCAGCCGUGGGGGUUGGCAAUCAAGGGCGGCGUACCUCCGUACAACAUCACACUCGUCCAACCCAAUUCGCCAAUAGUCACCAACGUGACAAUUGGUUUUGGUGACAAUCAUUACACGUACAUCAAUCGUGCAACACCGAACGGGCAGCUCAUUGCUGCAAUCAGCGACUUGACAGGACGAUGGGCAACGAGGACGCCAAUGGUGAAUACGAAAGGAUCUUCCAACGUCGAUUGUGUUGGGCUUGUCAGCUCGAGUGGUAAUUCUACCGAAAUUGCAGCGAAUAUUGCAGCAGCGAACACCGAGGCAGAAGCAGCGAAGCGUCAAAGGGCAACAGUUACUGGUGUCGCAGUUACAAUCGUCCUCCUUUUCCUCAUCGGCUCGGGCAUCGGGGUCUUCUUCUACAUUCGCAAGCGCAAGAGGUUAUGGCAGCUCGAGGAGGCCAACACCCUCCCGCACCAGUUUCCCUUGCCAUACACUCAGAUAGAGAACAGUGCCAGCCCUGGCCAGGUCCUCUCCAUCAACAAUUUCCUCAGCACGCCAGAACCCAAGGCGCUACCCCUAGCACCGCCUCCGCUCAGUAAAGCGAGCUUUCUUGGAGGACGCUACGGCACUUCUUCGCCAUUGCAUGGAAUCGAAUCUCCGCUACAAACUUCCCCUGUGGAUCCGCCAGUUGGUAGAGCGCUGGGCGACGACAGCAACAGUCCCAUCUUGCCCCCACACGCGCACAAUCGAGAUUCGGGGCGCUCGUCUUCGCGCCCGAGUUUCACAAGCUUCCCGUCCACUUCCAUCCGACGCUCCGUGAAGGCAAUCGAGGCGGGGGUGUUGUCAUUGGAAGGCUCGCCCGCGACACAACACCAAGAAUCAGCACUGUCAGAGUCCCACAGCCACGUUCUCGGGAGGAAUACGUCGACAGGUACGGACGGCACAACGCAGACUGGGCUGCCUUCAACAAGUCUUAAUAGGCUGAGAAUAGCGACGGUGAGAGAAGAAGGAUCGGACAGGGCUGGUGGUCUGGAGGAGCAGCUUUGCGAGGUUCAGUUUCGCGUCAUUUGA